AUGGACAGAAUGAUUACUCUUUUUAUAAUUUCCAAUUAUUUAGAAAAUUACAGUAAGCAUCUAACAUUGCUGAGGAAAUUAUCAGUAAUUUUAAGAUACUUGACUCAGGCAUUUAAAUCUGAUGAAUUGACAAGAGCUUGGUAAAUAUUUUUUUGUUCUUUAAUUGAAAAGGAUAAACAAUUAACAAGUAUUGCCAAAUAUAAUAACUUUCUUUUUCUCUACUUUCUACUUGCUACUAAAAUUUACAAUGCAGUUUAUUAAAAAAGUUAGCUAAAGGAAAUGAUUUCCUCAUUUAAAUGUAACCUAUGUACAUAGCUUCAGGAAUGA